AUGAGAGCCCAAAACACCAUCAACAGCGUCCUGAAGGUCGUGGCCGUCGCCUCCAGUCUCGCAGCAGCGACCCCGGUUCUUCCACGAUGGACUGUCGGGGAGGCAGUUGAAACCAGCAGCGGGCCCGUUGAGGGACAUGCUGCCUCCGGCGCAGACCAGGUGUCCGAGUAUCUGGGUAUUCCUUAUGCGCAGCCUCCUGUCGGUAACUUGCGCUUCCAGCCUCCUGCCAAGUAUACUGGCUCUUCGACCAUCAACGGGUCAUCAUUUGGUCAUCAAUGUAUGCAGCCGUCUUCUGGCGGUGUCAGCCUCGACGCGAUCAAGAAGCUUGGGGUUCCAGCUUCAGCUGCUGUGAUUCUACAGGCCGUCACUGAUACUGGCUCUCAGAGCGAGGAUUGCUUAACUCUGAAUGUGUGGACAAAGCCUCAAACUGGUGAUGCCAAGAAGGCUGUGCUGGUCUGGAUUCACGGUGGCGCCUUCACAACUGGUAAAUUAGCUCCGUCUCAAGGUUUUUUUUCCCUCCGCCGCAGUACAAAAACUGACUCAUUUACAGGGAGCAGUAGGACCCAGGCUUAUAACGGAAAGUUCAUCGCAGACUUGAAUGACGUUGUGGUGGUGUCAAUGAACUAUCGUCUCAACGUGUUCGGCUUUCCUGGAAACCCCGCCACCGCCCCAAAUCUGGGACUUCUUGAUAUUCGUCUGGCUCUGGAAUGGGUUCGUGAUAAUGUUGCCAAGUUUGGAGGCGACACCGAGCGCAUCACCAUUUUUGGACAGUCUGCGGGUGGUUCGCUUGUCGACUACUAUUCGUACGCGUACGAGUCGGACCCAAUUGCCAACGGUUUCAUCCCCAUGAGUGGCGUCGCCAACGCGUUCGGUAUCUUCACCAACGAGACUGUGAACUCCAAGUGGUUCAAGAUUUCGUCUGCCCUUGGCUGCGGAGACAGCAAGUCCGAUGCCAAGGCCGUGACUGAGUGCAUGCUUACGAAGACGGCGCAAGACAUCAUCUCAAACGGCCUGGACCCGAAGGAUUCUGGGCUUGGUUCGUCUGGUGGACUGGCUUUCGCACCAGUGGUCGAUAAUGCUCUUGUUUUCGCCGACUACAGUGGACGUCCAUCGGCUGCCGGUGGCUACCUGGUCGGUAACCUGGAGAACGAGGCGGGUCUGUUCAAGCUCGGCGCUCCCGAUAACAACGAGACUUACUGGCUCGGAUUCAACAACAUAGCUUUCACCUGCCCGACCGGAAGGAGAGCGGCACGAGCCGCUGCUGCUGGUCACCCAACCUGGAGAUACAGAUACUUUGGAGACUUCCCCAACAUUGCCAUCACUACGACGCCGCCCAGUGGGGCAUGGCAUGCAUCCGAGCUCCCUGUUCUUUUCGGUACCGUGCCUGAGGCUGCCAUCAAGAAUACGCCUCAGGAGGUAGCCAUUGGCAAGUAUCUGCGAGGUGCGUGGGCUGCUUUCGCCAAGGAUACCAAAGCUGGCCUCCUCGACUACAACUGUCACGGGCCAUGGCCUCAGUACAAACCCAACGACGAGAACACUUUGAACCGCAUUGGGUUCCAGAACGAGACAGGUAGCAACCUGGCUCCUGGUGGCUCGUACGAUGGACUGUGUGCGAUGCUUGGAGUGCCCACCAACAACUGA